AUGUCUACAACUGCUGCUAUAGAGGAUUUGCCCGACGUUGAAAAACCCGAACAACAAAACUUUGUUAAGUUUUUUCGUGCUUUAGACACUCCUGAAGAAGGUACAAUUCGAUUAUUUGCACGUGAAGCCAACGACUCGGCUUAUUAUACUUGUCACGGAGAUGACGCUCGUUAUGUAGCAAACCAAGUCUUUGAAACAACAGGUGUUAUCAAAUAUUGGUUUGGUGAUAAUGAAACAGGAUUGCCAACAACCAAAUUGACCAACAAUGUAGCAGAAACAUUUAUGAGAGAUGUAUUAUUGAACAAACAGCUCAAGAUUGAGAUAUGGAAGCAAAACAGACUUGAAUGGCAAUUAAUCCGUAAAGCAUCUCCGGGAAAUCUUCAAGAUGUUGAGGAUUUUCUCUUCUCAAGCAAACAACUUACCUCUGCUCCUGUGGUAAUUGCAGUCAAAUAUGGAGUCUCUGGCGAAAACAAGUCUUUAAUUAUUCAAUUGGGUGUAAAAGAAUGUCUCUUGUUGGAUACAGACAAAGACUAUGAAGGUAUCAAGAUUAGAGGCAUCCUUGAUCGAUGUAAUGUUGUGGUGACUGAAAGAAAAAGAAGUGAUUUUGACGCCAAGAACAUUGGUCAAGACUUGAACCGUUUACUGGAAGGAACUAUCUCUGUUGAAGCCUUACGUAAAUUCAGUCUCAAGCAUCAUGAUUUAUCACAAUAUAUGCGAUUAGAUGGUCCUGCUUUAGCUGCUUUGAAUUUAAUGCCUACAGCAAAAGAUGGACCCCACAAAUCAACUAGUGUUUAUGGUCUAUUAAACAAAUGCAACACUGCUCAAGGAAGCCGAUUGUUCGCUCAAUGGCUAAAGCAACCUCUUUUAAACAUCAAUGAAAUCAAGACAAGACAAUCGAUUCAAGAAGAUCAUUUGAAACAAGUCCCUGAUUUGCACCGACUUGCUAAACGCUUUCAAAAAGGAGUUGCUAAUUUACAGGAUGUUGUUCGUAUCUAUCAAGUAGUGAUCAAAUUACCUGCUUUAAUACAAUGCUUAGAAGCAAAACCAAACCCAAACCCCAUUAUAGCUGCAUUGAUUGAAGAAACUUAUACAGCUAACCUUAGAGAAUACACUGGUAUUUUACAAAAGUUAGAAGAACUAGUUGUCACCACCAUUGAUUUAGAAGCACUUGAACACCAUGAAUAUAUUAUUAAAGCAGAAUUUAAUGAAGAAUUACAGAGACUUCAUACUGAAUUACAAGCUAUUGAUCGAGAAAUGAUUCAUGAACAUCAAAAAGUGUGCGACAAGCUCAAUUUGGAAAUAGACAAAAAACUCAAGCUUGAAAAACAUAGUCUUUACGGCUAUUGCUUCCGUGUGGUGGGACGUACAGAAGCAUCUAAACUUCGCAAUAAGAGCGAAUAUAUUGAAUUGUCAACACAAAAAAGCGGCACCUAUUUCAGAAACAAUAAGCUAAAGGAACUGAACGAGUCUUAUAGCACCUUUUCAAAGGAAUACGAGGAGAAACAACGAGAUCUUGUUAAAGAAGUAAUAGAUAUUGUGGCUACUUAUUGCCCAACGUUAGAGGCAUUGGGUGCUGUCCUUGCUCAUUUAGAUGUCUUGGUUAGCUUCGCUCAUGUGUCUGUGAUGGCACCUACACCUUAUGUUCGUCCCACAAUGCAUCCAUGUGGUCAAGGUGAUGUUAUACUCGAAGAUGCACGCCAUCCAUGUCUAGAAGUACAGGACUAUGUUACAUUUAUUCCUAAUGAUGUGAGCAUGAUUCGAGAAACUUCUGAGUUUCAGAUCAUCACAGGCCCCAAUAUGGGUGGCAAAUCUACGUAUAUUCGCCAAGUGGGUGUCAUUGCAUUAAUGGCACAAGUCGGCUGUUUUGUGCCUUGUACAAGAGCCACUUUGUGUGUGUUUGAUUCCAUUUUGGCUCGCGUGGGUGCUGGUGAUAGUCAAUUGAAGGGUGUAUCUACAUUUAUGGCUGAAAUGCUUGAGACUUCUACUAUUCUUAAAGCUGCUUCUCGUAAUUCACUUGUGAUUAUUGAUGAAUUAGGUAGAGGUACAAGUACUUAUGAUGGUCUUGGUUUAGCUUGGGCUAUUUCAGAACAUAUUGCUACCAAAAUCCAUGCUUUCUGCUUGUUUGCCACUCAUUUCCAUGAACUUACAACAUUGUCAGAAACACAAAAACAUGUCAAAAACUUGCAUGUAGCAGUGCAUGUAGGUGAUGAUCAUGAAGUAACAUUGUUGUAUAAAGUAAAAGAAGGCUUUGGGGAUCGAAGUUUUGGUAUUCAUGUAGCAGAAUUGGCUAAAUUCCCUAGAUCUGUUGUGGAACUAGCAAAGAGAAAGGCAGACGAAUUAGAUUAUGAGGCUGAUAUGCUUCGAGGAUCUGCUACUCGAGCUAAAACUGAAACUGUUUCUGAAGGAGAGGCUAUUAUGGAGAAUGUUAUCCGAGAAUUGUCGAGUGUUCAACAGCAAGAAAAUGCUGAUGCUCAAAUUGAAGCUAUCAAGAGAAAAUACCAAGCUGAAAUUGAACAAAACUCUUAUUUAAAAGAGCUUUUGAUUACCAAUAACCCAUACAAUACAUUGUCCUGA